UUACCAUUUUAGCGCAAGGCCCUUGAUAAAUUGGGUUGAAAGGUCACAAUUGAUCCAAGGUGGACAAGAGUGGAAGUUGCCUUGCAAAACGGUCUAUCCUGCAUCAAGAUAAUGUCCCAGGAGAUUGCAGAGGAUUUAUCCUUCGCAGGAGAUACUAGUGCACCUGGUCCCUCUAAUGUGUGUGUUUAUAAUACUCGUCGUUUAGGGUAUAGCAAGCAUAAAAACUUUUCCCAGCGCGAAAUGUUGGUUUUGGUUGAAGAGGUUGUUUUGCGAUUUGACGACCUGUUUGUAAAUAAGUCACAAACGACUCUUGGUUUUAGGAAUAAUCUGUGGAAGGAAGUUCUCGUUUGUGUUAAUGCAGUUGGAGUGGAUAAGAGGAAUGUGGGGCAAAUAAAAAAAAAAUGGAAUGACUUGCGAAGCCAAGUUAAAAAAAAAAUGGGUAUUUUAACCAAGCAAAGGCGAGGAACUUCUGUUGUUCCUCAUGUUAACAUACAAUUUAGCACCAUGGAGGAACUGGUCAGAAAAACUUUUGCCACUGAACAAAUAGAAGGGGUUGCUGAUCUGGAUGUGAUGGCUUUAGCACACCAGAGGCAUGACAAUACUUCACCGAUAGCACCACCAGUUGAGGAGCCCGAAAGACCAGCUGAUCAACCACCAACUGCGGACAUAGCACAGGAGACAAUUCCCCAAGAAAUUGAGACUGGGUCAAUUGACGAAGAUAUCAACAAUGACAUAGGGUUCACUCCAGCUCAAACUCGGUUCUUAAAUGAUUAUACUGAGCGAAACCAGGCAAAUCUUAAGGUGAUUGCUAACGCUGUCGUAAAUAUUGAUCAUUCCUUGAAAGUAAUGUGUCAACUCUAUGCCCAAAGUCUACAAAGCCAAGGUGUCAGCCAAGUAGCAGUUGACCCACCCACCAUUGUUGUUGUGGACUUGUUCUAG